AUCCAAAUGUCUGACUGUUUACAUAUCUUUGUUUUCAUUAUUUGUAGAAUCUACCAUCGUGCAAACAAAUCAAACCGACAUUUAUGUAGAUACUACUUGACCUUACCGACAGUGAUGGCAACAUUCAAAAAGACACAUAAGUAAAAAAAAAGUACCUAUGUGCCUAAUCAAGAAAAAUCAAAAAUUGAAUUAAAAAAACUGUGUUGAAAAUGAGCACCGUAACAUUGUGGCAAAAACUCCCUAAAACGUCUCAGAACCAUCUUAAAAAAAAAAUCUUUGCUAGGAAAAAAUAUGAAUUGUGGGUUUUUGUUCAGCAAAAAGCAGAAGCAAGAUGGGAAGAUUACUUCUUUCUUUGCUAAAUUUGCAAAGAAGCAGUUAUCUGAUACUGGUGAAACGUCUAAUUCUAGUCAAGAAAAAGAGUCUAGUCAAAUAAUAGGGUCAAACAAGAACCAGGAAAAGGGGUCCGACACAGUUCAGGAUAAACAAUCUACUAUUGCUAGUCAGAAAAAGAAAUCAAGCACCGGUCAGCCAAGUAAAGGUCAACAAGGUAAGCUCCGAAAAGAUCCGGAUCGGUUUCAAUUGAUCUGGUUAGAGAUGUCCACAUUCUACAGUUGGCUGAGGCGUAAACAUGGCAAAAACGCAGAUGGUAGUGAUAUUGCAUACUGCUGUAAGUGUAAAAAGGACUUGGUAAGUCAUAAAUCCGCGUUGGAACUUCACGCAACACAAAAAACGCAUAAUGCAAAAUGCACGGAAAACCUGAGGCAAAUCAUGUAGUCAAAGAAUUCUUCGGAGCUACUGACCAGGUAAAAAGAGCCGAGUUAAAGUCGUCAGCUUUGCUUACUGUUAAAAACCUCCUAUAUACUGUAAUGGAUGAAAUGACGCCUCUACUCCAAAAUAUAGUAAUCUGCAGUUUAAGGACGAGCAUGUGGAAGGGCCGUUGUUACCUGAAUGUUCCAACCCACAAUAUAAAUCAGUGCAGAUAGGGAACUUUAACAUCACGGCUGCACACAAGGCGGAAUCAUUUUGUUUUCUAAAACAGAGGAAAGUUGUUUGCGUUGAAAAUAUUUGUUGGAACGAUGAGUAGCAUGGUUGUCAUUGGCAGGGAACUUUCGGGAGCAGAAGAUUUCUUUGAGAUUCCUUGAAAAAGUUCUUUGCUAAAUAUUUUCAAGGUCUCACGAUCGAGGAGGUCCUCUUUGAAAACAUGGUUACUCAGUGACAUUUCAUUUAAAAUGAUGGCUGUUCCAUACGAAUCAUCCGAUUUUAUCAUGUACCCUUUGCUUCAUUGUCAAAUCUGAAAUUUGUUGAUAGAAUUUCUUGUGCAUUGUUUACCUAAUUCCUUUCACAUUCAGCUGUAGGAUUAGCUGCAUAAUUUGAUGGGUUUUGGGUACUUGGAGUUUUUCUCAGUAGCUGUUGCUAUUAAUCUGUCAAUUGUCAAGUUCGGUAUGCCGCUUAUUCUUUUGAUAAUGCGCAAAGCAUUUCAUGAACUAAAUUUGAGACACACAUAUCCCAGCAGAUCUAUCAAAUUAUUGCGAUAAUUUCAUUUUUUAAUGUGAAACUGUUAAAUAUUAUGUAGCAGUUGGUAGCAUGUACGAGUGGUGAUAUUGUCGCUACUUAGGUGUCACAGCCUGCAGGGCAAGCUUGUAUCUUUUAUCAAUAUACUCUGUCGUUAUGUCACGCAA